UUCCGCCUUCUCGAGUACCCAUCUACCUCCUUCCCCGCCCGCGCAGCGCCAGCGAGUGACGUCUCUACCCAUCCUCCUCGGCAGCACCCCUCCCCCGCCCCCCCGCGCAGCGCGAGCGGAGUUUUGCAGUACGCCGCGGCUCGCUUCGCCACGCGCGACGAAUUCCUGGUGCAGGUGCGGAAUUUCGCGGCGAAUUGGAAGGGUUUGCUCACCCAAAAUAAGAUGGCCUCAAUCGCGCCUCCGUCCUCAGCGUCGUGCGCUCGGACUUCUAGGUUGUGUUAUGAUGCUUCGCUUUUACCAAGUGCUACAUCAAACACUUUGAGGACAAUCGGAUCAAUUUGCUUGGAAAAUACCCGUCGACUCAGAAAGUUCCAUAUAUCUCAUGCCGUGGGUGGUUCAUCAGAGAAUGUUAUUAUAAAUGGGAAGGCCAACCCAUCUAAUGCAGUUCAAGCAGAUGCUGUUGCACUUGGGACCAUUGCAGCUGAUAUGGCUCCUGUUGUUGAUGGUUUUUCUGUUGAUGAUGAUGAGCUUGACCUAGACUUCCCUACAGAGGGUUUCUCAUCUAUACCUGAAGCUAUCGAGGACAUCCGUCAAGGAAAAUAUGUCAUUGUUGUGGAUGAUGAGGAUAGAGAGAAUGAAGGUGAUCUUAUAAUGGCAGCAUCAAAGGCCACACCUGAGGCUAUGGCUUUUAUAGUGAGGCAUGGCACCGGGAUUGUUUGUGUCAGCAUGAAAGAAGAGGAUCUGGAAAGGCUACAACUUCCUCUUAUGGUGACGACAAAGGAAAAUGAAGAGAAACUGCGAACUGCCUUCACUGUUUCAGUGGAUGCCAAGGAGGGAACAACAACUGGGGUUUCAGCAAAUGAUCGGGCAAACACAAUACUGGCACUUGCGUCUCCUAAUUCCAAACCUGAGGAUUUCAACCGUCCAGGACAUAUUUUUCCUCUUAAAUACAGAGAAGGUGGUGUGUUAAAAAGGGCUGGACAUACUGAAGCAUCGGUGGACCUUGCCAUGUUAGCUGGGUUACCUCCUGUUGCAGUUCUUUGUGAAAUUGUUGAUGAUGAUGAUGGUUCCAUGGCUUUAUUACCAAAACUGCAACAAUUUGCUAAGAGGGAGAACCUGAAGAUAAUAUCAAUCGCAGACCUGAUAAGAUAUAGGAGAAAGAGAGACAGAUUGGUAGAGUGCGUUUGUGUUACACCAUUACAAUUACAGUGGGGUUCAUUUAAAUCCUAUUGCUAUAGAUCUCUUAUUGAUGAGAUGGAACACAUAGCCAUGGUGAAGGGUGAUGUUGGGGAUGGCCAGGAUAUCUUAGUACGAGUGCAUUCGGAGUGCCUAACUGGGGACAUAUUUGGAUCAGCGAGAUGCGAUUGUGGGAAUCAACUUGCUCUGGCAAUGACCAUGAUUGAGAAAACUGGCCGGGGUGUAGUAGUUUAUCUUCGUGGCCAUGAGGGUAGGGGUAUUGGGCUGGGUCACAAGCUUCGAGCAUACAACUUACAAGAUGAUGGGCGAGAUACUGUCGAGGCUAACUUGGAGCUAGGGCUGCCUGCUGACUCACGGGAGUACGGUAUAGGUGCACAGAUACUACGCGAUCUUGGUGUCAGGACCAUGCGGUUGAUGACUAACAACCCUGCGAAGUACACUGGACUCAAGGGUUAUGGUUUAAGUGUCCUUGGCAGAGUGCCAUUGCUGACACCGAUAACCAAUGAGAAUAGGCGCUACAUGGAAACAAAGCGAUUGAAGAUGGGGCAUGUUUAUGGAAGCCGCUCUAGUGAUCAUGCAAGUGGCAGUGGCUUGGCUGGUGCUGGCGAGAGAAAGGAGCAGGAUCAGAAUGACAGUGCCGACGUGCAAAAUAAAACUCCAGAAGCUUGAGUGCCUAACUCUGCGUUUCUUCUGGCAGUAAAUAGAAUCGUUGAUUCCAUUUCAACAACCUUUUUUCUUCUUUCUGAUGCUGAGUUUUAGCCAUAUAUUCAGUUAGCAUGGUUGAUGCUAAUGCCGGAACUAGUCAGCGGUCUAAGGAGUUCGGGUCUAAAAUAUUCUCAUAGAGAGGUAAGCUCUCUUCGGACAGUUUGUUGCUUUCUUUGGGUACCAGUGACUAAUUUAACUAAAGGACAAUUGUGUCAGUGGUGGCGUGAUGUACUACAUUCUGCGUGAGCAUUUUCGGCUGAUGUUUUUUCGGGCUAAUGUUGUUUUGUUAUGAGAGAAAAACAUUAUACCAUGGUU